AAAAUUUGUGUUGUUCUUUACUUCCGUAUCGCAAGCAGGGAGUAAUACAACAAUCAUGGAAUCUUAUUAGUGUUCAUCGUUUGGAAAAAUGUGGGGACGAACGACGGACAAGAAAUAUGGAGUUGCUGUAUGCAACUUCAGCGGUGAUGUGGAAAAUGGUUUGAAAUUAGAAAUUGGUGAUACGGUGCACAUCCUCGAAGAGACCGAGGAUAAAUGUUGGUUAAGAGGUGCCAAUACAAAGAAUAAAGAUGAAAUGGGAAUAUUUCCUUCAAAUUUUAUACACAUCAAAGAAUGCGUCGUUGAGAAUGACGGGAGAUACGAGACAGUUUUAUCAGCUGAGGACCCUAUAGGAAGGGAAAUUACCUCAGUUUUACGAGAAUGGGAUGUGAUAUUGAAAAAGUCAUAUGUGAAUGCCAACACCCAGAAUUUUACAAUCCUGCAAUUGUUGAUGGUAAAACUGAUGGAGCUGCGGUUAGAGCUCAUAUCUGGGUUAUUAACGCAAGAACAGACUCGCGAACUGAAGAAAGAAAUCACUGGUCGAAUCGACGAAGGUAAUAGCCAGCUAGGACUUGACCUGGUACCCAGGAUCGGUGGCGAGAUGGUCAGCGGCGAUUGCUGUAACAUAAUUCAACUUUAUAAAAUUCAUCUACGAAGCACAGAAGAUACAAAAUACAAGUCUUCAGGUAACCCACUCGAGCCAAACCAGACGAUUUUGUCGCAUCAUAUUCAUUUCAAUAUGAAGAACUUUGGAUGCGGUUUAGCUGGGGAAGAGGCUGACGUUUACUUUACCCUGUAUAAUGCCAGUCAACAGAAAUACUUCAGUGAACGAUAUUUGGCCAAGAUUAAUAAACAUGGUGUUCCAAAUGAUGUAGAAUUAAUUGGCAACCAGUCAACUAUUUUUUGUGAUUUAGGUAAUCAAGACUUGAUGAGGGAUUUAUACUUAGUUUGUCAUAUUGUACGGAUCGGUAGAAUGACCAUCAGUAGCUCCACGACUUUAGGAAGAGGACCGAGAGAUUACAGAAGGCCUUAUGGAGUAGGAGUGCUGAGCUUGAGUGACCUUCUUACAGCACCGUAUUCAAGCUCCAACGACAAAGAAAAAGUCAUCAAAAUAACGCUUGUUAACACUGACAGUGAUUUCUGUAAUCUUCACGAGAAUCUUAUUAGUCCGACACCUGGCAAGGCAAAAAAUCUCAGUACCAGUACAACAAAUCUAGGCAUCAUAGCUGAGAUGCGCAUGCUUCAUGGGGAGCUAGAGCAGUUGAAAAUCGAGAAACCUCUACUGUUCAGACAGAACGUAUCGAUCACAAGGAAGUUAGGUUUUGCCGAUGUCAUUAUGCCAGGCGACUUACGUAACGAUCUAUAUAUUAUGCUUGACCGAGCACUGUUUGACCGAGGUGGAAAGACUGCUGGCAAAAACGUGGAGGUCACGAUAUGCGUGAUCGACCAUCGAGACCAACGAAACCCGCGCAAAAUGCCGUGUAUUUGUCUUGGUGAUGGUGUUAAACCGGUUGAAGAAUACAGAUCUGUUGUCUAUUACCAUAACAACCAGCCCCGGUGGAAUGAAAUAAUAAAACUUAUGAUUCCAAUUGACAAAUUCAAUGACACGCAUAUUCGCUUUGAAUUUAAACACUGCUCAGGAACUAAGGGAACCACCAAUAAUAUGAGGAAACUCUUUGGAAUGUCGUUUGUAAAAUUGAUGAAAGGAGAUGGGACGACAUUGCAAGAUGGACCACACGAGCUCUACGUUUACACGCUCCCAGCCAGGCUAAGAAAUUGCACAGAUCAUAACCGGUUUGAGAGCCCCCCAGCUUACUUGAGUCUGCCAUUCAGUGCAACAGAUUCAGCGAGCAGGGCUAACAUCAACAACAGUAACUAUCCAAGAAAUGUCAAAGAGUCAUUCCACAUAACUACAACAAUAUGCUCAACAAAGCUGACGCAGAAUGAUGGCUCGUGGUCAAAAGAAGUAGAUGUAACGGAUAUUUUCAAAGUACCCAAAAUUAGUAAAAUAAUUUUACAAGACGUUCUUGAUACUCUUUUCUCUAUAUUGGAUGAGAGUCCAGAAAAAUAUGCUGAACUGGUCUUCAAAGGACUUAUCUACAUAAUUGGAAUGCUACGUGACAGCCGAUACAAGUCGUUUACGACAGUUCUUGAUACUUACGUUGACAGACAUUUUUCUGGCGCCUUGGCCCACAGGUAUCUGCUUGGCUAUCUUCAAAGCGUUACCGAGAACCAGCGACCAGACCAAGACAUUGCCUCCAGCGCAUUUAGUUCCUUCCAUUUUCUGUUCAAGUUCUGCAUUAGAUCAAGAAUAUUAUAUGAACAAGCAACCGGCAGUAAAGGAGAUGGGCGUUUUAAAACGGAUGUGAGAUCUUUGUUCAGCUCCAUUAAAGAUUUCAUGAAACGUGACGAAGAAUAUGUGCGAAAGGCUCAGUCAACAUUAAUGGAGAAUUGUUACGUUGUGUUCAUCGAAUUGUUGAAGCUCCUAAGCCCCCUUGAUGUCAGCACAUUGAUGAUGGAAACGAUCUGUUCGGUCCCCCAGUCCAGUGGCUUGACAGCGGGAAAACUUAAUUGCCUAAGUCAAGCGAUUAAAGGAAAAUUAUUUGUGGACAACAGUUCUAGGUCUUAUAUACUCCCUCUUAGUCUUCGUAUUUUAAGUGAGCUCAUUUACAGACGGCAAGAACUUAGGAUUUGUCUGACAAUUAUCGGCGAUAUUCUUGUGUCUUACAAAGAUAUGACAUUGACGGAUAGAGAGAGUAACGAAAUACAUCUUAUAGUGAAAGAUUUAUUGAAUAUAUUACUAAUGACGUUAUUAGAUAUUCAAAAGGACCAAACAGGAGCAGCUCCGGGAUUGGCCAACCUUAUUGAUCAAUGCAUUGUUUGCAUCAUUGGAAUUUUGAAAUUGAUGAAGGAGGAGCACUAUGAAAGACUUAUAUCAACCGUCGGCAAGAAUUUGGACACCUUACGAAGCUUCCUACUCCGUCUGUUCUGUGUAUUUGAGAGCCUUGUUACAAUGGAAUCUUUUCCAAAUGAUUGGAUGGUAAUGAAAAUGGCGAUGAACAUAGUCAUCUUGUCAGCCACACAGUACUUCUCACAGCCUCUACACACCUACCUCAUGGACCCCAUCCAAAGUGAUCCUCCAGGACCUGAAUCCAACAUCUACGACUUGACAACCGAUGAUGAGAGGAGCCUAGGUAGAGUGUCAUCACAGAGUUUCAAAGUGUGGCAACGUUUCUUCAAAUUCGCAUCAUGUUUCUUGACUCAACCUUGUCUUCAGUUGGAGACCUUUUCUCCUGGGAAACGCAAUAAAAUUAAGGAGAAGUAUGGAGACAUACGGGAGCCAAUGGCAUCUCAAGUUGUCGCUAUGUGGGACAAAUUAGGUCCAUCAAAAUCUUUGUUCAAGUCCGAAAUCAGUUUGUUUCUGGGUGUGACGUUGGUCCCAGGUACUGGCCUACGAAAAGCCGUCUUACCAAUGAUCUCCGACAUCAUUGACUGUGAAUUUGAAUCAGAAGGCAGCUUUAGUCAGUUGGAGGACAAUUUAUCUGAUAAACUCGACCAGUUAGUCGUUCAGGAGAAGAAAGGCGACAAGCAUUACAGGGACCUGUUUGAGUCUGUGUUGAUGCAUGAGUGUCAAGGCAAGGUUUGGGAAGAAAAGGGCGUGCAUCUAAUCAGCAAACUCGCUCAGUUACUGGAACGAUUGAUCGACUAUCGUAACGUUGUUUCCAUAAGUCAUGAAGAUAAACGCUUCAUGAAAAUAAGUUGCAUAUAUAACCUGAUGAAUUUCCUGUACCAAGACCGUAGUAAGAGGGACAUAUGGGCAAGGCAUAUAUACCGGCUCCAUGAACUCCAUUUAAUGAAAGGUGAACACACGGAAGCAGCGUUUACACUGUUAGAACUUGCCAAGACGUACAGUUGGUCAGAUACACUGGUCCCGGAAGACUCGUUUGGAAAGUUUCCCCAGCAAAAGGAAAGGGAAAGGAAAGAAAUUCUUUACAAUAAGAUUCUGGAUCACCUUGAUAAGGGUCAGGUUUGGGAAUGUGGAAUUCCACUUUGUAAGGAGUUAGCAGACCUCUAUGAGAACAAACUUUAUAAUUACAAGAAACUAAGCUCCAUUCUGAAAACACAAGCAGAUUUCUUUACCAAAAUACUUGAUGUUAAGCGUCUUCCCCAAAUAUACUUCUUGGUGGAAUUUUUUGGUCGAAGCUUUCCAGCUAUUAAGAGGAACAAGUCGUUCAUUUUCCGUGGAGCACCUUGUGACAAGGUCGGCAAUAUCCUCCAAAGUCUACAAGCAGAUUUUCCAAAUGCACAGGCUUUGUCUUUCAAGGCAGAUGAUUCCAUCAGGAAUGGGGACACACAGUACAUUUCAGUGAGACAGGUGAAUGCCAUAGCAUCAGAAAACAGCAGGUUCAAAGGUCAAGAUGUGCCUAAUGCAAUAUCUAUGUUCUACCAGGGUAAUGACGUCAAUGGAUUCUAUUAUGACAGGCCUUUUCAGAAGGGUGAAGAAGACAAAAACCAACCUAUGAAAAGUAUGUGGUUAGAUCGCAUCACAUUAAGGACCAAUCUUAGACUACCGGGUGUACUAAAAUGGGCGGAAGUUGUUGAUAUAUCGAAAGGGGAUGAAAUCAGCCCUAUUAAAAUUGCGGUGGAGAUUAUGAGGAAGACUAAUAAAGAAUUGGAGAUGUUGAAUUACGAGGCAAAGACUUCUAGUAUUGUAGAACCUCUGACAAGGAAACUAUCAGGUGUGGUACAAGCCCAGGUGUCAGGUGGAAUCAAGGUGUAUUGCGACAUUUUCCUGACUGAGUUGUAUGCUCAAGAAAAUCCAGAUGAUGAUGAUGACAUUGAUGAAUUGAAGAGUCUUAUGGAGGAGCAGUUGAGGAUAAUCAGAGAGUGUCUUCUGGUUCAUGGUCGUCUAAUUGACGACACUCUGCGUCCAUUACACGAUGAGUUCAAGCGGGUCUUCACAGAACUCAAGCGAUCUAUUGGACAAGAUAACAUUCCAUCACCCGGCCCACCACCGCAAAGGAUUGAUUCUCUUUCCAGUUCUGGACCUCUUAAGCCACCAGGCAGAGCCCUUGCGAGAAUUGAUGAAACCCAAGCCCGGGAUACCAGAUCAAAGAGUGUAAUCCAGCUCCCUGAAACUUCAGCGCUUCGAAACAUGGGUCGUAGGACCAGUACGCCUGUUGCUCUACCAACCCGAGAUUUAAAUUUGACUCCAUCUCGCCCUAAGACCUAUGUACGAAAACCACGCAAGAAUAGUGAUCCUGGACUAUUACAAGUACAGCAAGAUGUGCUUAGUGGAAUACUGGUGUCUGACAGCUCCAGCAGCUCUGGGAGCAUCUCAAGUGGUUUAGCAGCCUCAAGAAUUGCAAAAUCUGACAGUUCGAGCAGCCUAGAAACAACAAGCAGUGCCUUUGACCGUACCAGCAUGAUCUCAAAUAGAUCAAGUUCUGACGGUGACAAUAUGUUACCACCACCGCUGCCCAAGAGGGCAACAUCAAGGCCUAACUCUGGAACAGGGAGCACUUCUUCUGGAUCACGUUCCGACUCGCCUAUCCCCGAUGCUGAACAGCAACCACCAGCAAUUCCACCGCGCAAGGUGAUGGAUGGCCAAGCACCCCCUCUGCCACGGAAAACCAGCACAUCGGUUAUGUCAAGAAGGUCCGUAGAAUCCCCAGUCAUAACACGCGAUUCCUUGCCAACGUUUCAUGAACCCUUAUCCCCUCGUCCAGUUGAUUCCGGGAUCUACAGCGGAAGUGAGACUUCAUUGAAAGAUAUAGGUGAACUGCCCAAUCCGAUAACAAAAACCGACACAGAUUUGAAUGGGUCGCUAUCGGUGCCAAUCCCAGCGGCUUGUCAACAAGAUCAUGCUACUCCAACAAAGAGAAUUCCACCCCCUGUUCCAUCCAGACCAAAAAAGCCAGAUCACAGCUAGUGAAGUGAAUUAUUAGUAAUGAAUUGUCAAACAGUGUAGCAACAAUUGUUAGAAAAAUAUUCCUAUUGUAUAAUCUGUUGAGUAGUCUCUCACUAUUUGUACUGAUAUCAAUGCAAUGCAUUUGCUUCAUGUUUUUUUUCAGAUCUAAAUUCAAUUUUAUGAAUCUAAAUAAUUGUUGUGUAUUUCCAAAGAUGUAGUGCAAUGGAUCUAUAAGAAUAGAAUAUUUUUGAGUGGGUAGGUGAAUGUAGUGUAUAUUGGGUUGUAUCAGAUUUAAGUGUUUGUUCAGACUUUUUCACACAUUUGAUCAAUGCAUCCAUUUCUUCCCUGCUGCUGGAAGUUAAACAGUGCUACUUUAUGAGAAAAACUAUGGUCGAAUAUUGUCUGUUUUAUCUGGCAGACAAAAUUUGAUAGUGUUUGGACACAUUUAGCAGAAAUUGGUGAAUACAUCAAGUGAUCAUAAAAACUAUGAUCAAAUAUUGUCUGAUUCUGACAGAUGCAAUCUGAUAGGGUUUGAAAACAUUUAGCAGAAUUAUUGAACACAUCAAGUAAACUUAAAAACUAUAAUAAAAGUUUAUCUGACAGACAUAAUCUGAUAGUGUUUGAACACAUUUAGCAGAAAUUAUUGAACACAUCAAGUGAUCAUAAAAAAGUAUGAUCAAAUAUUGUCUGAUUCUGACAGACGCAAUCUGAUAGGGUUUAAACACAUUUAGCAUAAAUUAUUGAAAACAUCAAGUAAACUUAAAAACUAUGAUAAAAGUUUGUCUAAUUUAUCUAACAGACAAAAUCUGAUAGUGUUUUAACAUAUUUAGCAGAAAACACAUCAAGUGAUCAUAAAAGUUAUGAUCAAAUAUUUUCUGAUUCUGACAGACACAAUCUGAUAGGAUUUGAGCACACUUAGCAGUGUAUCUUUUAUCAUUGUAGUGUCUGAAACAGACUGUUUUGAUGGUAUCAGAAGAUAAAAUAAAAGAUCAAAAUAUGAUGUAAGCCAACAUGACAUUGCAGGAAUUAUUUGUAAAUUUUAAUUACAAAGUAGUCAUUAAAGGAACAAAAAAUAAAUGUAAUCUGUAAUAAAUAAAUCUCACUGCUUAUAUUUUUUUUAAUUGAUAAUUAUGAUUAUUAAUAUUAUGAUGAUUCUGGUAAUUAUUAUUGUUGUGUGUGUUGACUCAUUUGUACAUAUUUGUUAUAUUUGUAAACUUUUUCUUAUGGCAUUGUCUUUUGUAUAAUGUAUCUUUAUAUAAUAAUAAUUUUCAUACUAUAGUAUAAGCAACAAAAGCAUUGUGUUUUUAUAUUAUUGGAUUAUAAAAAUAAUUUACAUCAUAAAUGUGAAAUUACCCAACGUAGACUGAUCAGUUGUCCUUUAACUGAUCCUCAAUUAUAUUAAAGGUGAUAGGUCAUCAUGAAUAUCAAUCAAUCAAUUUCCAUAUAUAUUUACAUGGUCAAGGCUGGCUUGUUAGUUGUUUCCAUCGAGGCACGUACCAUUCCACAAUAGGGUGUGCCACUGUAGACUGUCCAGCUCGUUGCAGUGACCCCUUUUGUGGAAGUCUUUUAAAAACCCCAGUUUGCACUUCCAUUAGGAGAAUUUUUUUUUUUUUUUUUGUUAACAUGGUUAGCAGUCUACAUCAUUUAAGGGGUCAAUUACCACAUUGUGGAAUGGUACACUCCUAGUUGCAUGGCCUAUUAAAUCAGGUAGUCUGCGUUUUGUAUGUCACUAUGAAAAAACAACAAUGCUGUUGAUACAAAUUUAAUUUAUUGUUACUAUUAUCUUUUGAAACUGUUGCAUGUUACCAGUUUUUAUAACAGUUUAAUAAUUUUUCAUUUUUUUAUUUACUUUAUUAAAUAGUGCCUUAUGUAAUGUAUCAAACCUAUAUUAAAUUUAGUUUUCCCACCACAACAUAAUAUAUUCAUAAAAUUAUGAAAUAAAUAGUUGUAAGUUUUUGGUUACUUUUGUAUUACUUUUAUUGCUAUAAAUGUUGAUAUAAUUAGGAAUUUUGUUACCUAUUUUGUAUAUAGAUAACUGAGAUAACAACAAAUAAUUUAGAUUAAUAUAAGCAGAUUAUCAAUUUUAAUAUUAUAUUAUAGAAUAAUAUUGAUAUUCAUAAUAUAUGAAAAUAAUAAGUAUAAUUAACAAUUCUAUUAUUAUUAUUAAUAUGUAUAUAUUCCAUGUUAUUUUUGCUUAGAAAAACAGAUAUUAUUUUUAAUCAAGUGGAAAGCUUAAAGUAGAAAUUAAAUUUUGUAGGUACAGUAUAUAAAUUAUAGAGGUAUUUUCAGGGAUGUAAGAAAUUUAGCAAUUAUGUGUAUUAUAGUUAUAUAUAGUCAUGGUGUAAUGUCAUCAUGACUGUAUCUAGGAAUGUCACAAGUUUUUUUUUUCAAAUAAGAUUUAAUAGACAGGAUAGAACUUCAGAGGGCAAAUAAAAUGGUUGAACCCAAUGCUCAUUUCCAGAUGCUCUACUUCAGGACCAUUUGUAAUGUGAAUGAAGUCUUGUGUUCACUAAAUGUAUAGACAGUAAAACCUCUUUAAAAACAUAAUUUCUGCUUCAAAAAUAAUAUUCAAUAUUUGAAUAUUCUAUACUGUAUAUUUAAGUUAUUAACUUUAAAUUGUGAAUCAAAUUGAGAAAAUAAAUUUUCUUGUGUAUUAAACAAACUGUACACGUAAUGCUUAUAAUCCUUGCAUAGACCCUUUAGAUUGGCUGGUAAUCAAUUUAAAGAGUUUUAUAGUAAAAAGGCUGUCAGUUAAAAAAAAUAUAUAUUUUUUAGAUAGUUGUCUGAUUUGGUUCUUAUAAAUCAGCAUUUAAAUAUUAGUUUAAGGUUUUUUAAUAUUUUACUUUCAUGUUUCUAAGUGAAUACAUUUUACUGAAUGAUGUGACUUAAAAACUCAUUUUUUUUUUAUAUGUUGUAAACUUCUAAUUUCUUUAAUAAAUAAAGCCUGCAACGAAAUAUUCGGUAUGUAGUUGCUCAUGGUGGAUUCUAUCAGUAGCAUAUCUAUGGGAUUUUGCAGGAGCCAAACACCCCCACCCCCUUCCAAAAAAAAAUGCUAGUGUGCCCCCGUUUUUACUCUCAUUGGAAAUUGGAAGCAAAGGCAUUACGCUUUGUAAGUAGCCACUGGAUUCAUGAGACAAUACUUGCAAGGAAAAAUUUUAUAAUGUUUAGCUUAGUACCACACACUUUGUUCAUCUGCCCUCUACUCUUCCCUCAAUUCUGCCUUGGUUUCAGUACUAAGACAGCUUAUAACAAACUAUUUUCUAAAAUCACAGGAUUCUAAAAAAAAAGUCUUUAUUUGCAGGACAAAUUGGAUUUCAGUGUAAUAUAAGAUAGUUCAUAUCGUGUACCAGUUUUUCUAUUUUUAGAAAAAGUCAGUUUCAGUACACAAGGACAAUAGUCGAACCACAAUGGCCUUCCAUACAUUUCUGUCCGGCAAAACUGCCUUGAGGUAAGCUACAGUACUUCCAGUCAAUGUAUUUUUAAAAGGUCAUUGGAUAAAGAUCUUAUUGUAUAGUUACAUCCCAGGUCAACGAUAGUGUUCCUGUUUUCCUUUUCCGUGUUUUCGAGUUCAAUGCAUGAGGCCUAUACAAGUUCUUCAUUUUCUAGAACAGAAUUAUGUUGUCCUUAAAUUAAUCUUGUAAAGCAUUCUGGAAAGUUCUCCAAUAUUUGUGCCGCAAUGGUAAAUUCAUACCUCCAUUAAAUAGGCCUACUAAUUUCUGUAUACAUUCAGCCAUCUCAAUACCUCUCUGGUAGUAGGCCAGUAAAGUAAAAUUUGUGUUAAAGUGUUGUUAAUACAGUAAUGUGAUUUUUGUAUUACAGUAUAAGGUUAUGUAACAAGAGGAUUUUUGCCCUUGCCAAUAAAAGCCGCAUUUAUGUACUUUUAUUUUGUUUUUUUAAACAUGUGAAGUAUAAAAUGGUUUUAUUGUGUGUUAUAGGUAAUAUUUCUUGAUUGCUUAAUGAUUCUUAUGUUGAUAAUGUUUUUGUAGAAUUGUUCAUUUUAAGUUUGUUUGUUUGUUUGUUUUAAUUCUGAGUCCCUAUGAGUACCAGUGUGACUCUUUAUUUGUUAUAUAAAUGUGUUUGUUUUUUUAUACUAACCAAACCCGUUUCUUUUUAAUCUUACUGUAUAUAAUGUGUUGUACAAGUAGUAAUGGAUUACUAAAGUGUGUUCUUCGCGUCUUUCAAGCAUUUUAUACAAAAUUGAAAGCUGGAAUUUAUUAAUAUUUUUGCCUAAAAAAGUGGUAAAUAUGUUAAAUAUGUUUUAUAUCUUUAAAUGUAGUGUUUAAAUUUAAAUACCCUCAAUCCUCAAAGUAUUGUAUCAUUAUGGAAGCUGGGAUAGUCAGUAGAAUUAAAAGUUCAUGCCAGUUAUUAAUUAUAAAAUGUUCACAUAAAUCUAAUUAGCAAUCUUAAUUUGUUAGGAGGUCAUCUGUAACUUUUAUGUUUUCAGAAUGGUAUAUUUGUACAGUUAGCUUUUUAAAUAUGAAAAAAAAAGAAAGAAAAUAAGCCUAUAAAUUCUCGUCUAAAAAAACCCUGUCUCGACUAGCAAUUCAUUUGACAAAAAUAGGACAUGCCUAAAUAUAGUCAUGAUAUUAUGCACAUCAUGAAGAAAUUUCGCUCGGCGGACUAUCACAGUAAUUCUAUUAUGAUGUCCAUUAUCAUUUUUGCCAGACAUCCGCAAAAUCUCUUCAGCUUUCAUAAUUUAAUUUUUAUUUCAGUGAUUUUUAUAUAUAUAUAUUUCCAAGUAAUAUUUUAAUAUCAAAAUAAAUUCAUUUUUUUUUCAGAGUUUACUUUUCAUAUGUUGAUAAUCAAAUAAGUGAGGUAGAAAAAGUGAAAUGGAAUUAUUGAAUAAUCCUCAACAAGUCUAGUUUUGAUGCGUGUAUAUUUUUGUGCUUAUAAAGUGUUAGUAAGAGCAUAAUCUUGUUGUAAAUAAUUAUUUCAAUAUUUUACAUUAAAUGUGGCUAAUGCAAUAACA